UUGGCCCUCUCUCUCUCUCUCUCUCUCUGUGUCAUGUGUGUACCUUAUUUUCACGUGAUUUCUGACUCUAUGCGCUGAGACACCUGCUCCUCCUAUUCCUAUACAACAUCUGCCUCUCACGUACUCUCUCUCUCUCGCCGUUUCAAAUGGACAAACCCUCACUUGCUUCCCCAACACACCAAAACCCUCACUCCACCCUCAUCUGACCACCCUCCAACAAUGCCCAACCUCAUUCACUCACACUCACACUUAUUCCUCCUACGCCUCCUCCUCAUCCUCAUCCUCACGUCAACCGCACAUUGCUCCAAACUAACGCCCCGUCAUCUCCCGCCGUUACUUUUCACCGACGCAACCGCCCUCCUCGCCUUCAAACGCAACGCCGACGUCAACAACCGCCUCCACUUCUCCCCCGCCACGCGCGGCCUCCGCUUCUGCGCCUGGGAAGGCGUCGUAUGCAACGGAGCCAAAGUGGAGCGUCUCAUUCUCCAAGACUUGGAUCUCCGAGGGUUUUGGCCUCCCAACACACUCACGCGUCUCGACCAGCUCCGAGUCCUCAGCUUGCAGAACAACUCACUCACCGGACCCGUACCCGACCUCACCUCUCUCUCCAAUCUCAAAAGCCUCUUUCUCGAUCACAACCACUUCACCGGUUCUCUCCCUCCCUCCCUCUUCUUUCUCCACCGUCUCCGAAACUUGGAUUUCUCUCACAACAACCUCUCCGGUUCAAUCUCCACCGCCUUCACUAACCUAGACCGCCUCCACACCCUCCGUCUCGCUUCUAACUUCCUCAACGGUUCAAUCCCUCCGUUUAACCAGUCUUCUCUCAAAAUAUUCGAUGUUUCCGCCAACAACCUCUCCGGCGCCAUUCCGCUCACGCCCACGCUGUUACGUUUUCCGGCUUCCUCCUUCGCAUUCAACCCUAACCUCUGCGGCGAGAUCAUCCGCGUGCAAUGCCGUCCAUCGCAGCCUUUCUUCGGACCUGCGGCGCCGCCUACGGCGCCGCUCGGCCAGAGCGCGCGGGGGCACGGCGUCGACGGUUUGAUCCGGCAGCCGUACGAGAAGAAGCGGCGCGACCGGCGCGCGCUGAUAAUCGGAUUCUCGGCGGGGGUUUUGGUGGUGGUGUGCUCGCUGGCGUGGUUGGCGGCGGCGGUGAGGAAGCAGAGGAGUCGGAGCAAGAAGGAGGGGAGGUCGGGGAUGAUGGCGGCGGAUGCUUUGGCGACGGCGGAAGCGGCGGCGGUGAUGCGGAUGGAGAUGGAGAGGGAGCUGGAGGAGAAGGUGAAGAGAGCGGAGGUGGCGAAGAGUGGGAGCUUGGUAUUCUGUGCGGGGGAGGCGCAGGUGUAUACGCUGGAGCAGCUGAUGAAGGGGUCUGCGGAGCUGUUGGGGAGAGGGUGUUUGGGAACGACUUAUAAGGCGGUUCUUGAUAACCGUCUGAUGGUGACCGUGAAGCGGCUUGAUGCGGGGAAAAUGGCUGCGCAUGCUACUAAGGAAGUGUUCGAGCGUCACAUGGAAUCCGUGGGUGGCCUUCGACACCCCAAUUUGGUUCCUCUUAGGGCCUAUUUCCAGGCCAAGCAAGAGAGGCUCAUUAUCUAUGACUUCCAGCCCAAUGGCAGCCUCUUCUCCCUCAUUCACGGUUCGAGAUCAAGCAGGGCAAGACCACUGCAUUGGACAUCGUGCUUAAAAAUAGCAGAGGACGUUGCACAAGGUCUGGCCUUCAUCCACCAGGCAUGGAGACUGGUCCACGGAAAUCUCAAGUCCUCGAAUGUUCUACUUGGGCCUGAUUUCGAGGCAUGCAUCACAGAUUACUGCCUGUCCGUGUUGACACAGCCAUCCAUAUUUGACGAAGAUGGUGAUUCAGCAGCCUACAGAGCUCCAGAGACUCGCAACCCAAAUCAUCACCCAACCCACAAAUCCGAUGUAUAUGCAUAUGGGGUUUUGUUGCUUGAGCUUCUGACGGGGAAAUUCCCCUCCGAACUCCCAUUCAUGGCUCCUGGUGAUAUGUCAAGUUGGGUGAGGUCCAUCAGAGAUGACAAUGGGGGCGAGGAUGGCCGAAUGGACAUGCUUCUUCAGGUUGCUACAACUUGUAGCUUGACCUCGCCUGAGCAGAGGCCCACUAUGUGGCAGGUCUUGAAGAUGUUGCAGGAAAUCAAAGAGAUUGUACUAUUGGAGGAUACUGGUGAAUUGGAACUACGCACUACUGAUUCCAUGUCUUAGUCCUUUUCUUCCCUAAUUUUUUUCAGGUUUAAUUAUGUGAUAGACGGCGGAUAGAAGGACAAAAGAGUAGUAUAUUAACUCGGAUAAAAAAUUUAAGAAAGAAAUCCAUAAAUUAUACUCUGUUGCAUUCCUUAAAUAGACUUCACCAUCUUGGUAUUAACUUGGUAAUGGAAGAUCGUGGAGAGCGCACAACGUCCCCAUUUGGGCUUGUAAGUUGUAUAUGCUUGGGUAGUAAACUACGAAUGUGAAGUUUAGAGUAAAUAAUGUCAGAAUGUAAGUUGUAAGCCUCUCAUUUUUGUCAAGUGCACGGCUAGCUGAGCAUGUGACGUUGUCACUACUGAAUCCUAUAAUAAUA